CUGUUUUGUGUAAGUAAACCAGUGUAAACCAUGGCCUCUAGUAAACAGCCCGAAGACGAAGAUAAUAACGCGCACGUCGGCCUGUUCAGGCGAUCAUGGACCGCAAUUUUUCCGUUCUCUUCUUCUGCGCUAGCGUCUCUCCCCGAAAACACCCAAAGGCCCGUGCGUUAUACGAGAGAAGAUGAUAUUCCAGACGUGGAUCACGACAUUGAUGGACAAAGACCUACCAUCAGAGAUUACAAUGCCAUAAAUUCUGUUCCGCCCCAGAUACGUGUUCCGAAGAAGGUGAAGACGUCUCUGAAGAUCGAGGGAAAGGUAUGGUUCGCCAAUGAACGGACAUGGAUAUCCUGGCUAAAUCUUGCUGUGCUAUUGGGAACCUUGGCGCUUGCCCUAUUCAAUGCAUCCAAAGACGUGGUAGCCCGAAGAUUCGCAUAUGCUUAUGCCUCGAUAAGCAUUGGUGUUUUGGUCUACGGUUUUGUAAUUUAUCAGAAUAGGAUCACGAUGAUUCGCAAACGCGACCCUGGGCAUUAUGACCACAUCGUUGGACCUGUCUUUAUCAGUGCACUUCUGUUCUUUGCAGUCUUGGCCAAUUUUGUAAUUCGAGUGCGCGAGCUACAAUCAAAAGAGGUCCCUAUUCCUGGUCUUGAACUUCUAUACCGCAAUACCAUCUCGCUUGUUGUGUCUGGCAGUGAUUCAUAGCUUCAAUGUACCAAUGACAUGUCCGUCUCCUCCGGCUGCCCACUCGAUCCCAUAUCGAGAUCGACUCGCUGGUACUCUAAAGAAACA